CCUCGGUCGCCUUGGUCGUCCUGAUGGUCGACAUAUAAGCGCUGCCCGCCCGCGGCGCUGUCGGUCUCGCCAUCACCACCCGCCUCAGUCGUCUGCCGGCCGCCUGCCUCCCUGCUCUCGAUCGCCCUGCCCACCUCUCCUCCCUCCAGAACCCCCGAAUCCGCUUUGUCGCCAUGAAGUUCACUCUCAUUCCCUCGGUCGCCCUCCUCGUCUCGGGACUCACUGCCGUCAUGGCCCGGCCUGAUGCCGCUCCUCUCUGCGAUGUCAACGGCGCUGGCGCCAAGAUCUCUGCCUCGCCCAUGGGUGCCAAUGCCCGCGAUCUCAAGGCCGCCAACGUCUACAGCUUUGCCGUCGAUAAGAGCCAGUACAGCUCGGGCGAUAAGAUCCAAGUCAAGAUGAGCGGCUCCGAGUCCUUCAAGGGCUUCCUGCUCUACGCCCAGGGCACUGCUGACCCCACUAAGCGUGUCGGCUCCUUCAACAUCCCCUCCGGCUUCCAGUCCAACAUGGCCAACUGCCCCACCUCGGUCGAGCCCAACGCCGCCCUCACCCACACCACCGGAAAGCUGUACAAUGCCGAGCAGAUGUUCGACUUUACUGCCCCCGACGCCUCCACAGGCGAUAUCUGCUUCAACGCCAUCGUGAUGCAGAAGCAGCAGGACGGCAAGUUUGCCUGGGGCAUCUACACCAACUUUGCCUGUGUCAAGGCCAGCAACAGCGCUGUUGCCCAGAACGGCGCUUCCACUCCCUGCACCGCCGAGAUGACUGCCACUUCCCAGGUCGUUGCCACUGCCACCGCUGCCUGCGCGACUGUCACCAGCACCGUCACCGUCACUAUGACCGAGCCUGCCAAGACCAUGGUUCGCAAGUGCCGCCCGAAGCAGACCAACGGCUGGACCACCAAGGGAUCCUGGCCCAGCACCAAGACCUGGAAACAGCCUGAGUACGGCCAGCCCACCCCCACCCAGACUUGGGGCUCGGGUAACUCGUACUACAGCAACAACAACAACAACAACAACCAUAACAACAACAACAUGGGUGAUGACUUUGACUACGACUACAUCAUCUAAGCCCGGUCUGGUCCAGCCGAGUUUGUCUGCAUCGCCCUUGUGAGACGCUCUCCAGUCCUGUUUUCUUCCAUCCUCCCUCCGACCCCGCUCUGCUCAGGAGCAAGACUCUCCUGCCCACGAGUGGUGUCGCUCCACCUUCUUCCCAAAGCCUCCCAUGAGCUCCCUCUGCUCGCUUCUCUCAUUACUUGCACUUUGUAAAUUAUAGUCUGGUCAGCUGGUUGCUGCUUUCUUUGUCGCCUGCCUUUCAUACACUUUUUUUUUUCUCCCUCUCUUCCCUUGGACACUUCCCUUCAGCCCUCUCACCCCUGAUCUCCCUCCUUCCACACCUCGCUCGAUCAUCCCACAGCCAGCCUUUGGCUUCUCCCUUCCCUUCCCAAACUCUCCCUCGCAUCAUAAUGCAAUAUGUAAACCCCGAUAAUCGAAUAGCACACACAAGUGUCUUGAGAAU